AAGCAACGGCGCCUUGUUGUUGACCGUCAAAGUUUAUGAUGGCGCGAAGGAAAUGGACUUGAGAAUUUCUUGAAAUUUUCACCGUGAAAGAAAUAUGACUUCAAAUUCGUCCCAGGAGGUAAUUCAGGCGCGCCGGACAGAAUCUUUGGAUGCACCAGAGAUAUUGAAACUUGUCAGCGCCACAACAGAAAAGCUUUUUGGUCGUGUAAAUGUCGUAAAUGUUAUUGAAAAAGCCAGUUUGGCUGUAACAUUGGUUAAUGCAAACAAUGAUGUCAUGGGCCAUGCAGCAUUCUUUGAUUACCCCAAUCUACCAAGUUUGGAUCCUGGGAAAUGGGAAGAAUGGUUUCAUACAAAAUAUGACUGCAAAAAGUGCAGUCCUCUCAACACCCUCUUCAUGAACUACUUUGUAGCAAAGGCAGAUUUUGCAUAUGGCUGUGCAACAGAAAUUAUCAGAACUGUUUUCAAUGCUGUUCCAGCUCUUCAUUAUAUUUUCCUCAUUGUACCAAGAGGAGUUGAGACAGGACCAGUACUGACAGAAUUAUUUAAGCCAGUGGCAUUUAAAGAGAGUUUUUCUGGAAGAUUGAGUAUUGAAUUGCAAGUGUGUCAUCGUCAUGAUCACAGUGCGAAAUUACACAUCAGACCAGCAAGGGUUGAGGAUCAUGAUGAUCUUACACCAAUUUUUAAUCGACAAAGUGAUGUCCUCACAUCUACAUAUGGUGACUUUUUCCUGGCAGAGCUUAUAGAGGCUCAGGAUGAAGACAAUAAAUGUGUUGUUGCUGAUGUGAAGGGCACUGCUGUUGGUUUUAUGAGCGUCUGUUCAAAAGUUGAUGUAGAGUUACUGAGCAGCUGUUUUGACUUAAAGCCAUUUAAUGGAUUGCAAAAACUACAAGGUCAAACACCAGCACUAGGUACUGAAAAAGCACCAAGUCCUGAAAGAGAACCAAGAGUCACACCGUCAGACGAACAGGUACAAAGAACAUCGCCAUUAGAAGAACGGACAGAAACACCAAAAGACUCAACAAAGCAGGAUAAAGUUGAAGAACAAGUGCCGGCUCACUCUGCCAGCCUCUCCAGAGCAUCAAAGGGUGCAACCGAUGGAGAACCAAGCGCAUUUUGCAUCCAACUCUUUUGCAUCGACGAAAAAUACGAGACGAGGUCUAUAGAUUUUCUUCCAGCGGUGUUUGACCUAUUUCCAGAAAAAGACUACUGCAUUUUAACAAUGCCUCAUCUUGUACCAGAGUUCCCUCUUCUUCAGUCUUUUGUGAGGGUUACUCCAAGAAAGUACAGCACAUUAUCUCAAGAGCUUUAUGUGUUUCACCGAUGGGGUCUCAUUGAAUCGUUUCAAGUGAGUCCCUGUACCUCGGCUGACACUGAAGGAAUCCAAUCUGUUGUCUCACAACUGAAUGGCGCAGAUAUCAUAAUGCAAGAUGUUCAGCAAUACAAUAAUGAUAGGAGAGACCCGGAUGGUACUGAAAUUCAGUGCUUUGUCGCUAAGAGUUUGGAUCAAGUUGUCGGCGUCGCCCUCCUUAGACGAGAAGAGGAUAUAGAAUAUAUCCGCUCUCAUUUCAACAUUGAAGAUUUUAUUUACUUCAAUCAUCAUAAAAGAGAUGAACAUGGCCGUCUGUUCCAUUUUGCUCUCAAUCCUGUAUUUCAGCAAUAUUCCAAACACUUUCUAAAGGAAGUGCUAAGACUGGCCCACAAAUCUUGCCUGUAUUACCCAGUCUGCCCAAGAUACACAGAAACACAACCAGGCUCCAAACCCCAUACGACUGUGACAGCGCUUAAUGACUUGGUACCAAUCAGAGCUCGUCGUCAAAUUAUAUACCCAUUGGAUCAACUGGGCGGAAAUGCUCCCUCAGAAAGAAUCUUAGCAAAUAAGGAACCCUUUGCUUUGACUCAUUUGAACAGAAAAUUGACUUUAGAACCAAAGGUUACCAUUAAUGCUCGGAUUGUUGUGGUCGGAGCAUCAGAUGUGGGAAUAUCUUUCCUUGAAACCCUCUUGUUUUGCCCGCAUCUUCGUUUCAACAAUUUAACGCUAGUAUCCACACAUGGUUUGCCAGGCCAGCUUCCUCCAGACGAACUGCGUUCAAAGUGCCUUCCUUCCAGUCUUUGUUAUACUCAAGACGAUUUCACUCACAUGGCAUUGGAAACCUGGAUCAAGGUUGUUGAGGGCAAAGUCAUGGCACUUGACAGAACGAACAAGGUCGUCAAAGUGAGCGAAGGAGCAUUCAUUCCUUAUGAUUACCUUAUUCUGUGCACUGGUCAGCAGUUUCAAGUCCCUGUACCUACUGGCGCUGAUAUCUCCACUUUAGUCACUACCAGUGAGGUGACAAUACCUCAAGUAUCACGAUACACGGGCCCCCUGCCAUCGUCAGUGUUCACUGUUAAUACAGAAAAAGACUGUGAGAACGUGUUGAGCUUUAUCCGGGGGGAGUUUCUUACAGGUGAAGGAAAAGCCCUUGUGUACGGAAACACACUGGAUGCUUUCGUCAUGGUGCAAACCCUUCUAGCGGCUGGACUCCCUGGAUCACGUGUUGUGCUCGUUCAGCCCCCAGUCUCGUUACCAACCUGUUUUAAUAACCCGUUUAUCGAGGAUGCGGUUUCUGCAGCACUAAAUGAAUGUGGAGUGGCGUGUCAUGUCGGCUUCACACUCGCCCAGUGGAAUGACGGGAAAGUCGACCAGCCUCUGUCACGUGCUACGUUUACGUCAGAAAACAAACCACUCAGUGUUGACUGUGAGGCGUUCUUUUGCUUCCAAUCCAAGAAGGUUGACAACGACGCUUUUAAAGCCAUUAAUGACAGCUGUCUUGUGUUUGACGGAAGAUUAGUCAUCGACGCAGAUUUCCACACAAAUGACCCAUGCAUUAGGGCUGCAGGACCACUAACGAAAUUCCAGCGGAGAUACCAUGCAGAAUCUUGGACUCAUGGAAACUUCAACUCCAAGGAGGUAGGUGAAGAACUGGCGCAGUCUUUGUUAACAUUGUUUGAUCCCACCCUUGACGCCAUGCUUCUCGACACGGAGACCCCACGAGAGCAGCAUUUACUGAUACCAAUAUACACCAAACCGAAGACAGUCUCUGCUAUGUUACCAGGGGGAUAUAAUUACUUGCAAGUCGGUAAACCAAGCUUGAAUAUUCCAUUAGACGCUCACAUGGUACAGCCUGAAUAUGGCAGGGAACUUAUCACCGGUAAGGACCAUGAGCAAGGCUACUUCCGCUUGCACGUGAAUCAGCACCGCUCCAUAGAGACAAUCACGUGCUACACUCGACAGGGGCUUGAUACAAGUAACCUUGUGUGUUUGUAUGCCCUACAUGAGCGAUACCUGAACAAUUUGUUGCAAAGAUUCGACGAGGGGCUCAUAGAUGAUUUCUACAGCUUUUUCCGAGAGUCCUGGUGCCUUGCCGUUUUCCACGAUAGAUUCAAAGAUUUCAGGGAUGAGAUAAGAGAACUUCUUGUGGCAAAACCUUCCGCCGAUGUACCGUCAUUGGAGGAGAAAGUACGGAAGAUGAUAGACGAAGACUUAGUGUUGACCAAGGAUCAGCGCCGCGUUCUCUCAGACUCGUACAUGGCUUCAUCUGCUAGAAAGGCAAUCGAGCAAAGAUUGCUUGGAUUCCUCAGCUACAACUCCAAUCACUUGCCCAUGUAUGCCAAACCUGGCAUGGUGUGAUGUCAUUUAACUCGUCAUCGGCGUUUCCUUUUUUGUAGAUAAGCGUGGUACUAUUGGUUGAUUUCACUGCUUCAGUGUUACGCAGGUUCAUCGGAAAGUCCAAACGGUUUCGAUAAAACUGCAAGGGCUUGUGUACUGUAUAUUGUCUUCGAGUAGUAUCGAAUUGAAUGGAAAAUAAGGAAUGUAAGGAAAAUAAAUUACUGUUAUGUGUAUAUCAUCGACGAUCGAGAAAUAAACCAAAAAAAAAAUUAUAUUUAACAUCGAGUAUGUGGUGGCUUCUGUACUUCGACAGGCGAACCUCGUACCUCAAGAUGGCGGCGUUUUUACUUUGGGCUUAACUCACCUUAACUCGUAAACUUUCCUGUUUGCGGUGACAAUUUCUAGAUCUACCAUUUGUAAUAAAACCCAAAUAUUCAUAUUCAUACUUCUUUUCAUUUUUAAAUACGGCGAAAAUAUACAUAUUUUCCAUUGCUUUAUGAUAUAAGUUAGUGAAAUAUUGAAUGUAAAGAUCGUUGUUAAUCAGUUCAGGUUAGGUUAAGAGCAAUUCAUUGUUUCAUCGCUAGAGCUCUUAUUCGCUCCUGCAAAUAUUGACCACAUUCAUCUGGCAACCUCAAGAGUAAUAAACGAAGAAUCACGCCUGAGAGUCUCAUGACUGACACGAAUAUUCAUGGCGCCUCCUGGAGUUAAGCACUCUUUAAGUUGAUUGUGCACAAUAAAUAUGUGCAUUGAGGAUGCACAAAACCUUUGAA